AUGCCAAAGAGUCCUAUCUUGUUGGAGAAGAUUUAUGAAAAUUUGUUGGUCGAGAUGAUACUUGCAGCUCCUGAUAAUAAUGCUCAAAAUGCUGAUUCUCUUAAGCUGUGGACGCAAGAGAAUGCCAAAACAGAAUUUGUCUUGAAACGAUCUCACUCUCUCGGGCUGUUCGAGCAUAUCCUCCGUUGUAAAAUGCAUGCAAAUGAGCUAGCAAACACUACUCAGGGUAAUCUUUCUAUUGCCCAAUACGUCCUGAAAAUGAAAACUUUAUGCUCGAAAUUUUCUCUUCUGGAUUCGGAUGAACCAAUUUCUGCAUCUCGAAUGAAGCUCUAUAUUAUUCGGGAUAUGAGAACUGAAUAUACUCCAUUUGUUACUUCAGGGGUGGGCUCAACAAGGAAUGUAGCUGCAUUUGAGGCUACAGUGCAGCUUCUUUUAUCUGGAGAAAAGGUUGAGGUCCAAUUUCUCCAGAAGGAAACCGACCUGUUUACAGGAUACUAUUCCCUUGAUAUCGUCUUUAUCAAAGAUGAACCCAAAUCGCGACUUAAGCAGUUGCCUGAAGGCAGUGGCAGCAGAAGCUUGUAG